CGAAGUCUCUUCAGGACAGCAAUGGCUACAACAGGAGAAUUACAAUAUGGAGCAGACGAAUGAUUAUACAGCCUCGAAAAGGGCGCUCGACGGCUGCAGGGGCUUGUGGGGGCGAUGUCUUUGCGAAGGCAGCAGGGGCCAGAGGUUGAUUGGGGGGCGACCUCUUUGGCCACUUGGCUUGACGACAUUACCCAGGAGACGCUGGAAAUCAUCUGGGACCUGGAGGAGGGGCCGGAUCCCCAGGUUGAACCCUUCAUUGAGUGGAAGCGGGCGGAUGAGUUGAUGAGCACCUGCAAAGCCCUCUUUGUUGAAGCUCGUAACAUGCGAUAUGAGCUGGAGGACCAUUUUCAGCGGAUGGAUAAUGACUGUCCCUCCCCGAAUCUGCAGUUGAGGGGCAAUAAGAAUCAGAUGAAGGAGAUGGGGCAAGUUGAUAAGUGUCUGUCGUCGAUGGGCGAGAACGAAGGCGAUUUGGCGGAGGGGGAUAGCAAUGACUGCAAUGGAGCGAAGAUAAUCACAACAACAUCGCAAACAGCAGCAAUGAAGACAGAUGUGACAACAAACGACGAGAACUCCAUCGCAACAACAAUGCUGCUAACAGUAGAGGAAAUAGCUAUGGCAACAGUUACGUACACCAACAGCAACGACAUUAACGGUGAGGGAAUCUUCACCAACAGCAACAACAACUAUAUCGCUGAUGGUGGCCAUGGGCCUAUGGCGAUGACAAAAUCUACAACAACAGCAGCAAUAACAAUGACAGUCAAAACGACAACAUUAAUUGCUACGACUACGACUAAGACGACAUUACAGCGGAUCACAACACAUUGUUUGGGGAGCACAGGUCAGCAUGCUGAGGUAAAUAUGGGUUUGCAGGGGGACCGAGGUUUGGGCUUGCGGGUGACAGAGAGUCCUCAGCUUGAUCGGAUAGGGGUGGGAUAAGAGUUGUCGAUUAACCGUGAUUUCCCUCCUUCGUAGAAGCUGCCGGGGUAGGUAGGGGGCGUAUUAGGGAACGUCCGAUCAAAAGUGGAUAGACGCACAGGGGGUUUUGUGCUGGCUGGAAACAGUUUCUGAUUGGUUGGGGAGGCAAUCAUGACCUCUUUUUUUUUUUUUUUUUUUUUUUUUUUUUUUUUUUUUGACCAUGUUGGAACUCAGACAAUAUGCACAUAAUGGUCAGACACAACUGAAUUACCAUUUGAUAAAAUGCAUAUAAAGGU